CAGUAGAACGGGUUCUAAGCUAAGGCCCUGGCAUAAGUACAGUUUCUUCGGUGUGUUUCAUCCCUCACGGGCUACGUCUAUGUCAUUGUUGGCAAACAGCUGUCAGGAAUGCCGACAACAACAACCACGACGCUAUGGCGAACUUGGAAUGGGUGUGCGUGCCGCGAUGCUACGAGGUCCGGAAGAACCGCCUGACUGGUCAGGCCACGCUGGAGCAUCCCCUAAAGCAGCAUACGGUGACGGUGGUGGACAGCAAUCCCUUGAGCCGAGCUCUGGAGGGCACAGAUCCGCUCUCGCAGUUUGCACGCCAAGAUGAUGAGCUCAACGAUCCGCUUAGUCAAAUGGUCACCGAAUUUGAUCUCAAGCCGAAGCGCCGCGAACGUGACCGAACGGAGCCCGAGGACAACACACUGCAGUGGAGCAGCCGACGACUAGGGAUCCUCAACCGCUUUACAACCAAUGAGAAGCUAUCGCUGUCUACCAGCUUUCUGGUGUCAGCGGGUAGCCUGGAUGGCGGCAACGAAAGCAUUAAAGCACAAACGGUGGUGGCCGACAAGACAAAGUUUCGCUUGGAGCAGUUAGACCACUUCGACGACGGCAGCAUGCGUCACAUGAUGGAUCUUACUCAGCAGGAGUACAUUCAGCGGUUUGAGCAACUCAAGCAGGAGCUGAUCCAGUCCUGGCACAACGAUCAGCGAGUGAAGGCGUUGAAGAUAGCCAUACAGUGUGCCAAGAUGCUAGCGGACACCACUGUGCUGCAAUUCUAUCCGAGUCAGUACGUUCUUAUCACUGAUAUACUGGAUGUUUUUGGAAAAUUGGUAUACGAACGACUGCGUGCUAAGGCCUCUGGAGAUCCUGCCGCAUCGGCGGCCACAUUAGAGCGGGAAAAGGAAGCUGCCCGGGAUACGUGCCAGAAUUGGUUUUACAAGAUCGCCUCGAUUCGGGAGUUGCUGCCGCGUCUUUACUUGGAGCUGUCAAUAUUCAAGUGCUACGAAUUCCUGUCAUCAUCGCGCGAGGAGUAUGAGCGAAUUCUGCAACGUUUGACCCAUCAACUGAGGGGUAUAGCUGAUCCUCUGGUAUCGAGCUAUGCCCGCUGCUACUUGGUGCGCAUGGGCGUUACUCUAACGCCCAGUAAGACAUACAUAAGAGAGAACUUUGCCGAUCUGUUUCUAGUAUAUCCUCAGAUCUUUCGCUUCGUGGCCCGCUUUAAUCUGCAUCCGGAGAUCGUCACCGCCAGCUCAUACCUACAACUUUAUGCCCCAGCCUUUGACUACAUGCUUCUCUGCCUUGUUCACAAAAGUGAACUGCACACCCAGGAUAUUCUUAAUGAGUGCAAGCAGUUAAAGAAUAAUGGUGCUAUUCUGAUGUCUGUUUUAAGUUCCUUUAAAUCAGAGUUUAUUGCUACGAAUGCAUUAGAAUUUAUUGCGCUAAUUAAUGCUUCCGAAACGCCCGGAAUCUCCAAGUCCCAGUUGCUGCGCUCGCUGGGAAGCUGCGUUAGCAGCUGCGCUCCUCUACAGGAGCAGCGGGUGACUUUCCUGAAGGCUGCCUUCGAGACGAUCAACAAGUUGACUGAUCCAAAUGAGUAUAUAAACUGUGUGGAAACAUGGGCUGUCUUUGUAUCACAGUAUUUUACGAUAAACGAGGUAAACAGAUUGCUAGGAGAACUGAAUACGCGAAUGUGUCUUGGCAAAGCAUAUGAAAAGCACUAUUCCCAAUUGCAAAAUAUUCUUACCCGGAUAAUGCAGAACUAUCGCAGCAUUGAGCUUCUGUUGAUCCAGCCCAACUUUCUGCCCUACUUGGAUCUCUUCCAAAAGGAGUCGGUGCGUGUCGAGGUUUGCAAAAACAUUCUCAGUUUCUACAAACAGAACAGCGAGGAAUAUACCUGCGACGCUGUAGUGACAAACGCAUUGAUGUAUCUCGGAAAGAUCUUGAACGAUUCAGUGAAUGCCUUGUCUGUGGAUGAUGAACGUCGUCAGAUAGCGCAGCUAAUCAAUGUGUUUAUUCACAAAGUUCACUUUGGCAACGACUUGGAGCAGCAACUAAGUUUUUAUGUGGAGGCUCGGGGCACGUUUAGCAAUCUGGACGCAGUCUACGUAACUCUGGUGCAUGCGGCCUGCAAGUUAGCCACCCGAAACCGUUCGAAGUCAACGGGUUUCGUUAAGGCCUGCAUCGCCUACUGCUUCAUCACCAUUCCCAGCAUUGAAGCUGUCCAGCAGCAAAUGAAUUUGUAUUUACUAUGCGGACAGCUGGCUCUGCAGCAUCUCUGCCUGGGGCAAGCUGAUGCUUGCUUUGAGGCCGCUUUGCAAUUGGUUAAUGAGCUGCCCGCAGCCACAGUGGACUUUGAUGGAAAGCCUCGCAGCUUAGAGCCAUUCCUGGUCUCGUAUAUGUGUAAUAUCCUGGCCACAUUGAUCGUGGUACCAGAUAGUCCGGAACAGGGUGUCCUCUAUUUUCUUCGCCUUCUGCUAGAAGUGGUUGGCAGACAUAAAUUCAAAGCUGACAGCUCAGCGCCGAGUAUCAUCUAUCUGCAUUCCCUCGAUAUGCUGUAUGUACAAAGUCUGGAAAGGUUUCCCUAUCAUAUAAAAGGAGUGGUGUCCAAUGACGAUUUGUAUGGCCACGACCCCAAAUUCUUGCAGGAGGUAAACAAUAUGUGUGCUCAGGUUGUUGAUGCCAUUCUUCUGCAGCUGAAAUCGCUGGGACUAGCGCAGCAGCAAAGAUCGCAAGCGGAGCUAGCCCUGCAACUUUUUCUAAGGAUUGUAAAGUACGCGGAUCUGGAGAGGGAAACUAUUGCUCAAUUGGCAGUCAAUCUGUGGCUCCUAGCCAACAAGGCACAAUCACAAUUGGAUGUGAAAACACUACCCCAAACUCUGCGCAGUGUUGAGAUCCUAUACAAACAAAUAAAGGAUGCAUCUCCCACAAGGGCUCAGGCUAUUGCCAAACUGCUCCUGCGCAUGCGCAGCAGCUGAGAAUCGAGCUUGUAAAUCCAAUGGUUAUAUGCUGAGAUUAUAUAUUCUUAUGUGCAUGAAUCUUUUACGGAUUCAUUGGCCGGUUCUCCUGCGUUUUUGCUUAGUUAACCUUGACGAGGAACCGACAAAUUUUGUAUUACAUUUCUGUGCAAUUAAAAGUUAUAACGUUUGAGGAAAUUAUUAAAAUUUUACCUAUACCUACGUAGGUAAUAAACGCGUA